CUUCUCCUCUUACCUUGGCACUUGGAUCCGCAAUUGGCGCUAUGGCUGCUAAACAAUGGUUGUUUGAGUACAUGACAGACUUGACAUUUGAGUUCCGGAAACAGGACUCGCCGGAACGAUACCAACGAGAGGCUUGACCUCGUGAAUUCCGCUACAACGGACUUACGAAGUGGCAUGUGCCAGAGAUCGUCGCUCACUGCGUUGCGCAUUGCCUUGCUGCUCUUCUGGGUGAGGCUUAUUCAUUAUCUGUGUGAACUUGACCUUGCGCUGGAUCCACAAUCCUUUCCUAUAAACCCCCUAUCUUUCAACACAAACCAUUUGAAUCAUACUCAAUCGCUGGACGAAAAAAAUCCACGCCAGAGCCUGACGAUUCAAGAAGCAAAUGGAUCGAUUCCAGGAGGCCUUUCGUGUCCAUUGAGUUCUGUGGGAGGACGAGAAGGAAAAGGUAGGACGGCAUGCAUCCGAUUUAGACAAGAAAUGCCUCGAGCGCUCGAAAGAAUCCACGAGAAACGAGAAGCGAGUCAACUUGCCCGUCUGGGCUACCGAACAACUUGAAGGGAUCUUGCGGCAGCGGUAUAUAUAUCAUCGAUAACACCGUCAGGAGUUGAAAGGACAAUACCGCAGCAGAUGGAAGGGAUAGAAACGAAGACCCUUCAGUACCCAGAGGGGCCGUUGCCAUUAAUGAUCUUGGAAUGGUGGCAACGUGACAACUACGUUCUUUCGCAGAGCAUUCCUUUACUGAUAUAGACACUUUGAGUUUAUUACGUCGAUAUCGCCCCAUUCACUUGAAGAGCAUGACGGAUUCUCCACUGGAUGAUAUCGCGUAAUAAGAUACGAUGGGUAUUGGGUAAUGUUCCUUGCGUUGGGACUGAUCGUGAACUGUUACGGAAUCAAGCUAGAGACUGGGGAUGAUACGGAUUGGGGAAUAGUCCGA